AUGAAGCUCCUGGUGAGUACUACCUGUCCUCAGGUCCUGAGUCCUGCCUGUCCUCAGGUCCUGAGUCCUGCCUGUCCUCAGGUCCUGAGUCCUGCCUGUCCUCAGGUCCUGAGUCCUGCCUGUCCUCAGGUCCUGAGUCCUGCCUGUCCUCAGGUCCUGAGUCCUGCCUGUCCUCAGGUCCCGAGUCCUGCCUGUCCUCAGGUCCUGAGUCCUGCCUGUCCUCAGGUCCUGAGUCCUGCCUGUCCUCAGGUUGUGUUCUCAGUGAUAGUGAGCGCAGUAUCCGCGGCCCCACAGGGGUACAGCCUGCCCGCGCCCCCUGGUCCAGCACUUCCCCCUGGAGGACCUCCUCCUGGAGCACCUCCUCCUGUAGGAUGUCAGAACGGUGAAGUGCUUCACGUGGACGGCUCUUGUGUUACUCCUCAGGUGGUCAGAAAACUGUAUGUGUUCAACGCUCCUGAACACCAGCAGCCCCUGGGCCCCCCUCCAGUAGUCCCACCACCUACAGUGGAACACAACAUCUUGUUCAUCCGUAUUCCCGAAGGUGGUCAAGGCCCUGAGCCCAUCGUGGUGCCGCCGCCCAGCCAGAAACACGUCGUGUACGUCCUCAACAAGCAGACCGACCAGGCACAGCGAGUCAUCGAGGUCCCAGCACCGCCGCCCAGCAGCCCCGACGUGUACUUCGUCAACUACAACGAGGGAGACAACCCGACCCUCCCCGAUGGUACGGACAUCCAGACUGCCCUCAGCUCCGCGGUCCAAGGUGAUGGUCAACUCAUCACCGGCUCCGGGGGAGCCGCUGCUGGAGGUGAAGCUGCUGUUCCAGGACCCGUUGGAGGCGAUAGUGGGUUUGGUGUACCUUUAGAUGAUGCAAGUUCAGCUGGAUUCGACGGUAGUGCCGGAGCCGCUGGAGCCCCAAGUGGUGGGUACAGUCCUCCCCCCAGCCCCGUACCCCCACCCCCUGGUCUAUAUUCCUCCCCAUAAGCUUCUUCUCUCAACCCAAGACAACGAUCCUGAUUUUAUUAUGACCACAAUUUAAGAUAAUAUAAUAAUUUAUAACUGCUGCCUUCUGACCUGUUCUAUUUAUGAAAAUUAUAAUAAUUUAUUGUUUCUUGUAAUCUGGCAUCUCCAUUUUGUACAGUCUAGUAGCUUCAGAAAUACCAUGUGAGUAAAUCUUGAAAAUAUAUUUAUCAUCUAUUA